AUGUCAAAAAAGUUCACCGUAAUUAGUUCACUAUUGUAUUACGACGAAGAUAUUACGAACUAUGCUAUUGUUAAUGCAACUGAUAUUGAUUUGAGUGAAACGAAAUACCUUGAAAUAACCACACGUCACGGUAAGUUCAAAUUUGAAGCUGUCACCGAUAUCGGCGUACCACCAAAUACUAUUAGACUUAAUUCUCGACAAAGAAAGCGCGAUCGGCUUAAAUUGUACCAUACAUAUUACGUUAAACCAUCAGUUAAACAGAGUUCUUUGCAUUCAGUUGUUGAUCUGUUUGAUCGGAAGUACAACUUUAAAGCCAAGGUUGGUGGUGCGGACACAGUAUUUGAAAAAAUAUUUGGUGAAGCGUUGCUAUCCAGAUUUUAUCCGAAGAAUUUUGUGCAACGAACCAAUAUGAAACAUGCCAAAGGAAUUCUGUUAUAUGAAGAAAGGUCGUGA